CUUCUCAGAGUUUUAGGCUUUACUCACUAUUGCGUUAUAUUGUUUUCGAACCGUCAAACAGUUUGAAAAAUAUUCGCGAAAAAGUCUCGUAUUUUUAAAAAGUUUUUCAGUUUUGUUGUUAAUUUGAUGUGGUGCGCAGAGCAGAUGCACAGAGCUGGUGGUGGUAAUCUGGUUGUGCAUGUCCCCAAGAAUUCUCGCAGAACUGGCAGUUCCGCUGCACGAUCGAUCCGGACUAGUUGGUUCGAAAAAUGGGUCCGCGGUGUCAACAAACAUGGUGGAUAUGUGCCCUAAAUGUAAGAUCUUGCGAUCCAAGCACCAAGACCGGAAUGUGCCAGUACUGCGACAGAUGUACAUUAAAUAUCCAUGCCUGAACUGCGCCUGCAACGGGCAGGUGGUUCAGCAGAAGCGGGUGACCAUCCCAGUGCCGGCUGGCGUUGAUGAUGGACAGACGGUACGAAGCAAGGAGCUGUCCAUUACAUUCAACGUAUGGAAGAGUCGCUACUUCCGCCGACACGUUUCAUCUAAUUCUUCAACAAAUUCCACAUCAUCGUAACUCUCCAGGUCUUCAUCGUGCACAUCGAAAUCAACGUCUCCUUUUUCAGUGAGGAUAAGUUUGCUUAGCGCCCGAAAGAUGAUUGUUCUAGCGACUUAACCACACGAUGAAACCGGUUCUCAGAUCAGAUUAUAAGAAAGAUCAACUCGGAGGAUCGAAGUUAUAUUUCAUCCUCGGCGUUGCACGGGUCUUCGUAUGGUACGUGUAUUACACCAGAAAAUUCCCCACCAGCUGCAACUAGAACGAAAUACAUCACUGAAGAGGCAGAGACGAGCAGCUCAAACUCAACGACCUCAGAAGAACUCUUUCGACGACGCUUAAAACGUGUAUGGUUACCGGAAAUUGAUAUUACAACUAUAUUUUCAACUAUGCUAACUAAUGUGUUGUUUAGUCUAGGAAUGCAAGGAACGGUUGUUGAUGAUUAUUUGAAUGCAAUGUUAGAGCGAAACAAAAAUGUGCUGUACCUAACCCAUCC